CAGCGCGUACCACAAUGCCACUUUUAAUAUCAUUUCCUAAAUGACUUUUGUUUCAAUCACAGAGACAUUCUUUUGUAAAAUUUGAUACGUCUUCAUUAAUUCCUCAUCUCAAGAUGGGAGACGAUACAAAUGCUGCUGUGGCAGAUCCAUCCGUCAUAACCAUCGAUAACAUUUCGACCAGAAUGCCUCCUCAUGAUAUCCACGGCGUUGAGAAAGCUACUGAUCAUUUAUAUGCUUUGGUUGAUAUGGGAAGCAACGGAAUCCGCUUCUCCAUCUCCGACCUCUCACCUCCUACGUCCCGUCUCCUUCCGUGUAUCUAUCGGGAUCGCGCUGCCAUAUCUCUCUACGACGCUCUCCACUCCUCUCUUCCGGCAUCUCGAGAAUUCUACUUCGAUACCGAGACGAUAUCGCGCGUGGCGGGGUGUCUUGCGGGAUUCAAAAAGAUAUGCGAUUCGUAUGGUGUUUUGCGGAAGAAUAUUGGGGUGUUUGCGACGGAGGCGAUGCGCACGGCGGAGAAUCGGGAGGAGAUGACGAGGGCGAUUGGGAGGGAGAGUGGGCUGGAAGUGGAUAUUUUGAGUCCGCAGGUGGAGAGUUUGUUGGGGGCGUUGGGGGCGAGGAGUGGUGGGGAUGCUGGGAGGGGGAUGGGAGGGGAUGUGGAGAUGAAGAAUGAGGGAGAAAGGUAUUGGACGAAAAGUGCGGCGUGUGCGAAAAGUAUGCCUUUUGGAGCAGCGAAGAUGACGGCGAAAAUGAAGGGGGAUGAUAUUCAUGAUAUUCGCACUGAUAUGCGUUCUCGGUUUCAAGAGAUAUUUCAGGGAUUAUACCACAGGUUUCCCAAACUCCAGAAGCAUGUGAAGGAUGAAGGUGUGACGAUAUAUUUCUGUGGUGGAGGAUUUAGAGGUUAUGGGAGUAUGUUGAUGCAUACUGAUCCCAUUAAUCCAUAUCCUAUCCCCUCUAUCGCCGGCUAUACGGUAUCCGGAAAACGCUUCAAACAAACGAAAGAGAUGCUCAGAGUAAAUGCCGAGGAAAAAGAAAAGAUUCACGGCAUGAGUAAAAGACGUCGGGAACAAUUUCCCGCCAUCGUCGAAGUGGUCGAGGGAAUCAUAGCAACCGUUCCUAAUAUCAAAGAAGUGAUAUUCUGCGGGGGAGGAAAUCGCGAAGGAGCUUUAUAUCUCAAACUUCCGUCUCAGAUACAAGAAACCCAUCCUCUUGUUCUUUUCCCCUCUCAAUUAUCCAACACCCCUACCCAAUCCGCCGCGCUUGCCAAAAUCCUCGCUUCUGCUCUCCCGGUUGCUCAACCGGGCACUGAAAUCUUCACCCCAGAAAUUUUAGAAUAUGUAGGAAAACAUAUGGGUGAUAAUAUGGCGGAUAUAUCGAAUCUCAACGCGGCGCGCGCAUUGCAUGCGCCUAUUUCCGGGGCGAUUGCAGGAAUGCCCGGGUUGACGCAUGGGGUUAUCGCGGUAUUGGCAUUGACGAUGUGUGCGCGGUGGGAAAAUGAUGUGGGGAAGGUAGAUCGAGGGGGUGCUGGAGGGGUUGAGAAAGUUGCUGGGAGAGGAAAAGGCGUGGUGGUGAUCAGUGAAGGAGAAGUGGGAGGGCUGAGGUUUGAGGGAACGUGGGAGGAGGGGUUGGGGAAGAAGGGGAAGAAGGAGGGGGUUUGUUUGAGGGUUUUUUGGGAGGGGGAGAGAGAGGUGGAUUUGGAAAAGUUGGUGGGGAAGGCGGGGAAGGGGUUGGGGAUGAAGAGGAGAGUUGAGAUUGCUUGGGGAGAGGGGAGAGGGGUUUGA